AUGAUUUUUUUUUUAGGAAAAGCUGUGUCAGACAACGGUCGUGUUGAUGGUGAACAUGAUGUUUCCAUUUCCAACUCAGACUGUGGAGAGGGCCGUCGAUUGAGUUGUGGAAAAAAGAGGAGAUCGAAGGGACGCCGUGACAGCGCGGCGAAGAAAGCUCAUAGGAAGAAGAGGAGACGGCGAAGAAAGCGAAGGACUGAAGUAGGACCGCAUACAAUAACUGGAUCUCUACAUGAUUACUUCGCAGGGAUACAAGUUUUUUCAUACGCUCGUUAUAUGGAGCUCAGAAAGGAGUAUAUAGCGCUACGUCGUCAGUCAAAUAGUCGAGCGAGUAAACUUGCAAAGAAUGACAGUCGUUUCUCAGAGUUUGCUUCUCGCCUCUGUGAUAGAAAGCUGACACAUAAGGUGGAGACGUAUCGAGAUUGCUACUGGAACGCAGACGAGGUAGAAGAUGAUUAG